ACGAAACUGGCGAAACAAACCCGACGGCCGCCUGCUGAUUUAGUUAUGAACUUGUACGAAAACGUCCGGCCGGAGAGAGAGAGAAAAAUUGCUCUUGAAGAAUCUAAAAUAGCACAGAAAGUUGGGGUAAGAGACAGUUUGUGGGAGCAGUCACAAAGGUUGAAACGAAAAUGUUACUGCGAGCCAAAGUUGCAACAAAAAUGUUACUGCGAGCCAGUUUAUGAAAUACAGAGGACACGAGCUGAAAUGGGUCGUCCUCGAAUAAUUGAGCAUAUUGACGUUCCUGCUGAAAUUAAAGCUACGGAACUGGGUUUCGCUGGUGUGCAUCAUCGAGUACAGUUCGAAAAUUUAGAUACUGAUUACCACAAGUACAGAGACAGGCGAGAAAAAGAGUUGCAGAAAAGUAUUUUGAAAAUAGAUCCAUACAGGCCUCAAAUCCGCGAUUUGAUGGUUAGAGGUAUCAAUCCACCGCCACCGCCACCAAAGAAACCAUUAUUACCUAAUAUAAAAGAGGUUCUUGACAAUAAUCCUGCUUGUGAUAAUCUCCAUGACGUAUACGCCUUAAGAGUAAACAACACAAUUUUUCUUAAAGAAGCGCCUGAGAAGAACUUGGCUGAUUUAAAGCGAAAACAAAACGAGCCGUGGCACGAAAAAUGUACUUCUUGGACAUAUUACUUUAAAACUCCAGUAGCCAGGGCUGGCAGAGCUAAAUUAUAUCUUCAAAAUCUCGGCACUGUUACAAUUAGAUAUUGCUGGAAAAAACUGAAAAAACUUAUUCCCUUUAUACCCGAAGAAGAAGUGCAAAUGUUCUUUUUUAAUAAAAAUGAGGAUGUAUUGACACCUGGUCAAGAGAAGCAUGUUUCUUUGACGUUUGUAUCCGAAAAACCAGGUAUAUACAAAGAAUAUUGGGAAUUAAGUAUAUGCAACGUCGAUUUCUUCGAUACUAUUACAGAUAAAUUUACGGUUAAUUUACUAGCCGACUCUAAAGAACAUUACGUAGAAAUAAACGCGGCAAUUGCACAACUCAAAUCACAAAUCGACAUCAAGGCCAUCCAAUUCGACGCUCUGCAAUUAAUAAAUGACGCUAUAUCCAAUGCCGUUGCUAUUCAACCGCAAAUAUAUCCUUACAAGAAUUAUUUCCUAGAAGCUGAAAUAUUUAUCAUGAAGAAUCCGGUUUGUUUCUAUCACCAAACGGAGGUAGCAAAGAUGAAAGAUUAUUUUACAGAAAUGACAGGAGGCGAUGAAUGGGAUUUAUCUAUACGAAGUUGGAGAGAGCAGAUGAUAAAAAAGGAGUUCGAUGACAGGAUGAAAUACUAUGAAUUACUACGAACAUCCCAUAGUGAUUUCUUGAAACCGUGGUAUGAAGGCGAAGAUAUAUUGAAAUCCAAAUACCGUGCAGUGACGCUGUUAUUGUGUCAGUUAGCUGAUGAAUUUGAUUCGGAGCACGAUCAAAUUUAUAAUUCAGUAGAAGGUCAACCGUUAGAAGAUACUACAUACACGAGUGUCCCAAGCAGAGAAUCAGUCCCCGCAGAUCAAACAAACAUUGAUAUGAUGCGCAAUUUAUAUUAUAUGAAAAUGUUCGAACAUGUAGGCGAUACUAUGAAGGCGUGUGCUGGUAUUCUUAGUAGUUUAGAUUUAGACAGGUGGAUUGAAUUCGAUUUCUGUCGUUCAUAACUGUUUAAUAUACUUAAAAACUUAA